CUGGCGCCGAGAGAAGCGGCGGGGCGAGCCGGGGGCUCUAGUGAACCGCGCAGCCGGACGGGGAUCGCCGGCGGGCGGCGAGCGGAGGCGGCCCGGGCCCGGCGGUCUCCGCGAUGUCACGAUGGCUGUGGCCAUGGUCAAACUGUGUGAAGGAGCGGGUCUGCCGCUACUUGCUGCACCACUACCUGGGUCACUUCUUCCAGGAGCACCUCAGCCUGGACCAGCUCAGCCUCGAUCUGUACAAGGGCAGCGUCGCCCUGCGGGACAUCCACCUGGAGAUCUGGUCUGUGAACGAGGUGCUGGAGUCCAUGGAGUCGCCACUGGAGCUGGUGGAAGGCUUCGUGGGCUCCAUCGAGGUGGCCGUGCCCUGGGCGGCUCUGCUCACCGACCACUGCACGGUGCGCGUGUCAGGCCUCCAGCUCACCCUGCAGCCCCGCCAGGGCCCAGGGCCAGGGACUGCCGACUCGCAGACCUGGGCCUCGUGCAUGACCACGAGCCUGCAGCUGGCCCAGGAGUGUCUACGGGAGGGGCUGCCCGAGCCCUCUGAGCCGCCCCAGCCCCUGGAGGGGCUGGAGAUGUUUGCCCAGACCAUUGAGACAGUGCUACGGAGGAUCAAGGUGACCUUCCUGGACACUGUCGUGAGGGUGGAGCACUCCCCGGGAGACAGGAAGCGCGGUGUGGCCGUGGAGGCCCACGUGCAGAGAUUGGAGUACUGUGACGAGGCGGUGCGGGACCCAAGCCAGGCGCCCCCGGUUGAUGUGCACCAGCCACCCGCCUUCCUCCACAAGCUGCUGCAGCUGGCAGGGGUCCGCCUGCACUUCGAGGAGCUCCCCGCCCAGGAGGAAACGCCAGAGCCCCCUUUGCAGAUUGGCAGCUGCUCCGGGUACAUCGAGCUGACGGUGAAGCUGAAGCAGAAUGAGGCCUUCCCGGGCCCCAAGUUGGAGGUGGCCGGACAGCUGGGCUCCCUGCACUUGCUCCUGACCCCGAGGCAGCUGCAGCAACUUCAGGAACUGCUCAAUGCCAUGAGCCUUACAGACCCCGAGGGCCUGGCCGACAAGCUGAACAAGAGCCGCCCGCUGGGUGCUGAAGACUUGUGGCUGAUCGAGCAGGACCUGAACCAGCAGCUGCAGGCAGGGGCUGUGGUUGAACCCCUCAGCCCAGACCCCCUCACCACCCCCCUUCCCAACCUGGACAGCACUGACCUCUUCUUCUCCAUGGCUGGCCUCACCAGCAGUGUGGCCUCGGUCCUCUCUGAGCUCUCAGAUGUGGACCUGGCCUCUUCCGUGCACAGCGACCUGGCCUCGCGCCGGCUCGCUGCCCAGGCCCACCCGGCUGGCAAGAUGGCCCCCACACCCCUCCCGGACACCAUGCGCCCUGACUCGCUGCUGAAGAUGACCUUGGGGGGUGUGACCCUGACCUUACUUCAGACGUCUGCCCCAUCUUCCGGACCACCUGACCUCGCCACCCACUUUUUCACUGAGCUCGAUGCCACCAAGGAUGGGCCCUUCGGCUCCCGAGACUUCCACCACCUCCGACCGCGCUUCCAGAGAGCCUGUCCCUGCAGCCACGUCCGGCUCACGGGCACAGCUGUGCAGCUGUCCUGGGAGGUGCGGACAGGCAGUAGGAGCCGGCGGACAACCAGCACAGAUGUGCACUUUGGGCAGCUCGAGGUUCUGGAGUGCCUGUGGCCCCGGGGCUCUUCGGAACCCGAGUACACAGAGAUCCUAAGCUUUCCCAGUAACUUGGGCUCUCAGGCCUCCACUCGGCCCUGCGCCCACCUGCGCCACACACAGACCCUGCGCCGUGUGCCCAAGAGCCGACCCCGGCGCUCAGUCGCCUGCCACUGCCACUCAGAGCUGGCCCUGGACCUGGCCAACUUCCAGGCGGAUGUGGAGCUGGGUGCCCUGGACCGACUCGCUGCCCUGCUGCGCCUGGCCACCACACCCCCCGGGCCACCUGCCGGCCUGCUGACAGAGCCCCUGCCAGCGACUGAGCAGCAGACGGUGUUUCAGCUCUCAGCACCCCAGGCCACGCUGCGACUGCGCUUCCCUGUUGCUGACCUGCGGCCUGAGCGGGACCCCUGGGCGGGCCGGGCCGUGCGGGCGGAGCAGCUUCGCCUGGAGUUGAAUGAGCCCCAGUUCCGGUCAGAGCUCAGCAGUGGGCCCGGGCCCCCAGCUGCCACCCGUCUGGAACUCACCUGCUCCGACCUGCACGGUACCUAUGAGGAUGGAGAGAAGCCGCCCGUCCCCUGCCUGCGUGUCUCCAAAGCCCUGGACCCCAAGAGCCCUGGGCGCAAGUACUUCCUGCCACAGGUAGUGGUGACCGUGAACCCCCAGGCCAGCAACACCCAGUGGGAGGCGGCCCCAGAGAAGGGGGAGGAACUGGAGCUGUCGGCCGAGAGUCCCUGUGAGCUGCAGCAGCCAGAGCCUUCGCCCUUUUCCUCCAAGAGGACCAUGUACGAGACCGAGGAGAUGGUGAUCCCUGGAGACCCCGAGGAGAUGAGAACGUUCCAGAGCCGAACCCUGGCGCUGUCCCGCUGCAGCCUGGAAGUGCUGCUGCCCAGCGCCCACGUCUUUCUGCCGAGCAAGGAGGUCUACGAGAGCGUUUACAACAGGAUCAACAACGACCUGCUCAUGUGGGAGCCUGCGGGCCUGCUUCCCACCUCCGACCCCUCCGCUCACCCCCCUGGCUUCCCCGGCCCCUCGGGCUUCUGGCACGACCACUUUAAGAUGUGCAAGUCGGCCUUCAAGCUGGCUGCCUGGAUCUCCCCAGACUCAGACUCGGAUGACGAGGACGCCCACUUCUUCUCAGUGGGGGCAUCCGGUGCCCCCCAGGCCCCUGCCCCUGAGCCCCCGGGGCCGCACUCCCAGAGCACCUUCUCCACCCUGGUGACCGUGCUGAAGGGUCGGAUCACAGCCCUCUGCGAGACCAAGGACGAGGGUGGGCGGCGGCUGGAGGCUGCCCACGGGGAGCUGGUGCUGGAUGUGGAACAAGGCACCGUCUUCAGCGUUUCCCAGUAUCGCGGCCAGCCGGGACUUGGCUACUUCUGUCUGGAAUCCGAAAAAGCAGCGCUCUACCACCGAGCGGCUGUGGACAACUACCCGCUGCCCAGUCACCUGGACCUGCCCAGCUUUACUCCCCCGGCCCAGCUGGCCCCGACCAUCUACCCAUCCGAGGAAGGCGUGACCGAGCGGGGAGCCUCGGGUCGCAAGGGCCAGGGCCAGGGCCGAGGCCCCCACAUGCUGUCCACCGCUGUGCGCAUCCACCUGGACCCCCACAAGAAUGUGAAGGAGUUCCUGGUGACACUGCGGCUGCACAGAGCCACUCUGCGCCACUACAUGGCCCUGCCCGAACAGAGCUGGCACUCCCAGCUGCUGGAGUUCUUAGAUGUGCUGGACGACCCCGUGCUGGGCUACCUGCCCCCAACGAUCAUCACUGUCCUGCACACACACCUGUUCUCCUGUGCUGUGGACUACCGGCCACUCUAUCUCCCUGUGCGCGUCCUGGUCACUGCAGAGACCUUCACCCUCUCCAGCAAUAUCAUCAUGGACACCUCCACCUUCCUGCUCAGGUUCAUCCUCGAUGACUCUGCCUUGUACCUGUCCGACAAGUGCGAGGUGGAGACCCUGGAUCUUCGGCGAGAUUAUGUCUGUGUCUUGGACGUCGACCUCCUGGAGCUUGUGAUCAAAACCUGGAAAGGGAGCAUCGAGGGCAAACUGCUCUCCGAGAGCCCUGCCUCCCUGUCCUCGUGCCCCCCGGUGGAGACGGCCCUCAUCAACCAGCGGGACCUGGCCGACGCCCUGCUGGACACGGAGCGCAGCCUGCGGGAGCUGGCCCAGCCCUCAGGUGGCCCCCUCCCUCAGGCCUCGCCCGUCUCCGUCUACCUGUUCCCAGGUGAGCGGAGUGGGGCCCAGCCCCCUCCGCCCCCCGCCGGGGACCCCCCUGGCAGCUUAGGGUCCCGCACAGAGGCCAAGGACGACGAAAAGGAAGAGGAAGGGGAUGGGGACACUCUGGACAGCGACGAGUUCUGCAUCCUUGACGCUCCUGGCCUGGGCAUCCCGCCCCGAGAUGGGGAGCCCGUGGUGACGCAGCUGCAUCCAGGCCCCAUCGUCGUGAGCUUCCAGCACGAGGUGUACCCAGCGGAGCCAGCCCCGGGGCUUGUGGCCCCCAGCCAGGAGCUGGAGGAGCGGCCGCUGUCCCGCCAGGUGUUCAUCGUGCAGGAGCUCGAGGUCCGGGACCGGCUCGCCUCCUCCCAGAUCAACAAGUUCCUGUACCUCCACACGAGCGAGCGGAUGCCGCGGCGUGCCCACUCCAACAUGCUCACCAUCAAGGCGCUGCAUGUGGCCCCCACCACCGACCUGGGCGGGCCUGAGUGCUGUCUCCGCGUCUCACUGAUGCCCCUGCGGCUCAAUGUGGACCAGGACGCCCUCUUCUUUCUGAAGGACUUCUUCACCAGCCUGGCGGCUGGCAUCAACCCCAUGGUCCCAGGGGAGACCCCCGGUGACGCUCACCCGGAGACGCUGCGAGUCCAGCCCGGCAGCCCCCAGGAAGGUCGGCCCGAGGGCACAGAGAGCACUGGCUCGCAGGAGGCCACAGGUGGACACGGCGCCACCUCGGCCGAUCAGCAGCCCAUCUACUUCAGGGAGUUCCGCUUCACGUCCGAGGUGCCCAUCUGGCUGGAUUACCACGGCAAGCACGUCACCAUGGACCAGGUGGGCACUUUCGCGGGCCUCCUCAUCGGCCUGGCCCAGCUCAACUGCUCCGAGCUCAAGCUUAAGCGGCUCUGCUGCCGGCACGGGCUCCUGGGUGUGGACAAGGUGCUGGGCUAUGCUCUCAACGAGUGGCUGCAGGACAUCCGCAAGAACCAGCUGCCGGGACUGCUGGGCGGCGUGGGCCCCAUGCACUCGGUCGUCCAGCUCUUCCAAGGCUUCCGGGACCUGCUGUGGCUGCCCAUCGAGCAGUACCGGAAGGACGGGCGUCUCAUGCGGGGGCUGCAGCGGGGGGCUGCCUCCUUCGGUUCGUCCACGGCCUCCGCUGCCCUGGAGCUCAGCAACCGGCUGGUGCAGGCCAUCCAGGGCUGGGCCAACGGCUCAAAAGGCACCGGGCGCAGGGCGUCCCGCUUCCUCCUCGUGCCCCGAGGGCCAGCCCGGCACGCAGCAACUCCAUGUGGAAGUGCUCGCUGGUUCCAGUGGGGUUGCUGUUAUCGGGUGCGGGGGCCAGCACCCGCGACGGAGGACAGGCGGCCGCCACCCCUGGCCGGUGGGGACCCCGUGGCCACGCCCCUGGCCCAGGACGGCGAAGGGGGCCGUGGGCGGCCGGCGGGCUGCGAGACCGAGUGCACAGGGCUCUGA